AUGGCAGCAAGAGAAGGAGGAGCACCCUGCGGAGCUUGUAAGUUUCUGAGGAGAAAGUGUGUGAAAGGGUGUGUGUUUGCUCCUUAUUUCUCUACAGAGGAACUGGGUGCAGCUCAUUUUGCUGCAAUACAUAAGAUCUUCGGUGCAAGUAACUUCUCUAAGUUGCUGCACAACAUUCCAUCGGAACAAGAAAGAUUUGAUGCAGUUGUCAGCAUAUCGUACGAGGCACAGGCUCGCCUCCAGGAUCCCAUUUAUGGCUGCGUUUCACACAUCUCUGCUCUUCAACAGAAGGUUGCACAUUUGGAAGCUGAACUGAGCAUUGCUCACUCUAGGCUUGUUGCUAGCUCUGACAGGACAUCAUUAAGACCUUCCCCUCACGCUGAAAUCUCUACUUCAUCAUAUUCUAGACCCUACGAAGAUCAUUAUUAUUCUUCAAGUGAGCCACAGUCAAGCCAUCAAAGUGCGUCAGAGAAUGUUGCAUUUUACUUCGAGGUGAAAACUGAUAAGAACUUGUGCUUUUCCACGAACAUGGACUACUGCGAAGAUCUCUCUGUAGGCCAUCACACGAAUGCUUUCGAAGAUGAGAUAAAAUCGUUGCAGGCAAGUCAAGUGGAUGGGGGAGAUCUCCACGCUUUGGCUUUUAAUAUCCUUAGAAGUAGAAGCUGA